AUGAAUGAUGGUCUUGCCAAAUCCGUGCAAAGCUUCUCACUCAAUGACAAAAUUGAGUCCCCACGGCGACAUUUCGGUAAAUCAAGUAACCUGGUACUAAUGAGGAUGGCAGUGGACAUGAAGAAGGAAGUAAUGGGAGAUCAGCCAAUACCGAUUGUGAACAGGAGGCCAGAGUUCUGGACUGUAUAUCCUUGGCAACGUCAAAUCUUGAGACAUGAUCAACAGGACCCUCUCAGAUUUCCAGCACAUGAUUUACUUUGGGCUCUCAUUGAUCUGUACUUCAUACAUGUCCAUCCAUUCUUCCCCAUCUUGCAUCGCCCAACGUUCAUUAGAGCAGUAUCGGAUCAUUUACACAUUCGAGAUCAUGACUUUGGGAGGGUGGUCUUAUGUGUCUGCGCAAUUGGGUCUCGAUUCUCUCAAGAUCCGAGAAACUAUCCUGAAAAUAUAACCUCUGAGAAUUCUCUGGGCUGGCCUUGGUACCAGCAAGUCUCUCAGGUAGAGGCAAUUGAUGUCGAACUGCCUACGUUGUAUAAGUUGCAACAUUGCUGUGUAUGUCUCUCCGCAAUAUACCUUAAGGGUACGUCCAUGUUCCAUUCCACAUGGGAAGUCGUAGGUCUGGGCAUACGUUUUGCACAAGAAAUGGGAGUACACCGAAAACAAAAAGGGCAACCAAUGACUGUUCAAAACGAACUCUGGAGACGUACAUUCUGGGUACUUCUCGGACUUGAUGUGUUGGUGAGUAUAGAUUUUGGUCGACCUCGGGCAACAACAGAUGAUGACUUUGACUUAGAACUACCGAUUGAUUGUGACGAUGAAUACUGGGAAAAUGAUGAUCCAGCUCGAGCCUUCAUUCAACCUCCAGAUACUCCUUCCGCCUCAUCAUUCUUUGUUUGUUAUGCAAAACUACUCGAGAUCGCGGGUUUGGCGCAUCGCAUGCUAUUUUCAGCAAGGAAGCUGCAUAUCGGGAAGAAGGUCAUUGCUUUUGGUCCUAAUUGGGACUAUAAAGUCGUAACAGAGCUCAACUCGGCCUUGAAUCAAUGGAUGUCUUGUAUACCAGACCAUUUGAAAUGGGAUCCUAAUAGAGAGGAUGGGCUAUUCCACCGUCAAUCCUGUAUACUUUAUUGUUUUUAUUAUUGGACGCAAAUUCAGAUUCACAAACAAUUCAUUCCGCGAUCCAAUGAGCCCUCGAUGCUGAAGUUCCCCUCGCUCGCAAUAUGUACCCAUGCAAGCCGGAGCGUGAUCAGAGUUCUGGAAGUCAUUGAAAGGCUCAAUUUCGAAGUUCUUCCCAAUUUUACAGUAAGCACUUCCCAUCAACUAUCCCCUCAUGUUCCUGAACAAAGACACAUCAGGCCCCCGUCCACGUCGCGGCGAUUGUGCUCUUGA